AUCCCAUGUGCGUCACUAUACAUGUCUUUAUGCUGGAAAUUGCGGAAGGUUUACCCGAAGCACACGGGUUCAGGAACACUGGGUUGACGUUGAUCCCUGAACAAUAAAAACCAAACAGGAACCAGUCAUAUUUAUUUUGCCAACUCAACAAAGACCUGUGCGGGGGCCAAAACUCGCCAGAGAGUUGCAGCACUGUGCUGAAGGAACACAGCACUCGCUCAUUGCAAGGUUUGGCUUGAAUUUGAGGCUUCGACCGGACACAAUGUUGUUAUUUUGCUGGAUCGCAAUCCUCACUGCAAUUAAUUUACCACUAUCACAGGCCACGGUGUGUGGGUAUAGCUGCUCUCAACGUUACACCACAAGCUGCGGUUUUCAGGGCUGGAGCAGAUGUACCAGACACCGGUCUGUAACCUGCUACCGGUGUUGCACAGGAUGGACCGGAAGUACAUCAACUGGUUGCUCAACUCCCAUUUGUUUUGGCUCUACUGUCUCGUGUACCAACGGAGGGGCUUGCACAAGUCCUAACUACUGCAGCAACUGUAACCGAGGCUUCUACUCUCCACGAUGCGAUCGGUGUACAACCAUCGCGAACUGCCUUGAGGUAUUUUGUAGCACUUCCUCAGACCAGAGAUGUGAUCGAUGUGAUGGUGAUUAUGGGUCAGCGCUGGGAUCAGCGUACAACAAGAGUGAUAACAUGAGGCAAUGCAUUAAGCAAUGUUCAUGGAGGAGUGACAGCAAUGCCUGCUACCCGGGAUCCUGCACAAAUUCCCAGUGCACAUGCAGCAGUGGAUUCUCAGGCACUGACUGCAGAACAAUGGGUAUCAGUCAAGCACCAGUCCUAUCCGAGCACCAUGCCACCCUGAUCAAUGGGACAACAACUCUAGAAUCCCCUACCGUCCAGGGCAGUACAGACACUGUCUACACCAACGUACAAGACUUUGUGAGCUUGAGGAUCAACUGGACAAGUUCUUACCAGCCUACUGGUCUACCAGACCUUAGUGGCGGUGGACAUCCAUACAUCCAAAGCAUUGGGCUUGGUGUUGUGGAGGCACGAGCCACAGCCGUUGUGAAUCGGGAUCAGAAUGUUACAUAUUCAAUUGGCUCGACGAAUUGUACAACAUCGACAACUGGAAAUUCGUCCGAACUAAACAAUCCUGCUACAGAUCUGGUAUCCUGUGAAAUCACCUUCACUUUAGACUACAACGCGUGGACACCAACUACAGGAGAUGUACUAAGAUGUGAUGUACAUUCAACAAGUGGCGGCUACAUGGAACUCUAUGACAGGGACCAUUCAAGCAGUAUCAUUACACGCUACUACAAUGGCAGUACAUCCUCCAAUUUCUCAACGUUCACCUUUGACUUUGUUGACCCUUACCACUGUGUGGAUGAUGGCAGAGGAUGCCGGAGGACCAUGCUGGAUACACAGAAUGAUGUUACCACACAGGAAGUAAUUAAUGUUUCUUGGCAAGGCUGGACAGACGAUCUCGCUGGCACAAAAGAAUACGACCUUGAAGUGCGACAGCUGUCAGGUAGCCAUGGUAACCAGCUGACAGAAAUUUUUGACAGUCCCGCCGCUUAUUCUGGAGCACGAUCUGGUCAAAAUGUCACUUUGCCUCAUCCUGGCGUUUAUUCUGUCAUCCUCAGUGUUGUCGACAAUGCCGGCAAUGUCAGACAGAGCAGACGCUUCGUGUUCUUUGACAACGAUCCAGACGACGUCACCAUUCAGAGUAAUUUCUCCCUGUGCGUGGUCUCGGCGACUGAAGAAACUGACUUCAUGUGGUUGACCAAUCUAGACCCCAGCAAAGGGGCGACAUCCGUGCAGCUUGAUUGGACAGGGCAUUUCAUCAAUGAACGUCAUCACAGCCAAGGAUGGUUGAAGCCCAUUGGGUCCUAUGUUGGUGGUACCAUUGAUGCUGAUUAUGAUCAGCACUUUGGGAAGCGUGGCCGUGCAGCCGUCCCUAACGCCCUCGGUGUGACCGAAUUCCGCGUCUUAUACGACAUCGACCACAGUGGUGGAAGGAACGCCGUCAACGUGAGUGAUGACAACUCGGACAACUGGAGUAGUGAAGGCACAAACACACAGGCGAGCUAUAACCUGACCUUAGUGGACGGCGAUUCCAUUCGGUUCUGGGUGGAGGCCAGGGACCUAGCUGGUCACUUUGUGAGGGACAGUGUGUUGGUUCACGCUGAUUCAUCUCCGCCAGUCAUUGAAGAUUUGUUGUCAGUGCCAAAGUUGGCGGGCAUAAGUGUGGAAUGGAGGACUUACGACAUUCACAGCGGAGUAAGGACCAUCGAGUUGCUUCUCUUUGACAACCACACUGGCACAGAGAUGGAACAUGGCAGCCAGACAGUGGCAGCCAAGAAAUUAAAUGCGGAUUUUGAGGACUGUGAGUCCGACAGGUGCUUCUGUAUCCCUAUCGGCGACUGUUAUGAUGCUGACUACGGGAUCAACAUAGAUGCAUCCAACAUUGAUGGCAACUUCGACUACUUCCUCACGUUGACUGUCACCAAUCAUGCAGGACUUGCAUCAUCCAAGACAAUCAAAAUAAAUAGCAUGGUGACUCAGGAUAAUGUGGAGCAAACAGCUGAAUCUCUCGCCACGUUGACCAAUGACACGUCUUCAGUCGAUGACAAUUCGGUAGCCUCUGCCGCUGACAUUCUGGAUAACAUUGUGAACAUUCAAGACACGUCGCCAGAGGUGACAGCGAGUGUUGUCAAGGUGGUCAAUAACCUCCUUCAAGUUGAUGCCAAGAAAUUCAACGACACGUCAAGAGUGGCCAAUUCCUCCUCGCGUAUUGUCCAAGCCUUAGAGAAGCAAAUCUCCAACGUCCUCGCGGCAGGAAAGAACGUCAGCGAGAUCACUACCAGCGUCGCUGUCGUGGCAAUGAAUUUCGACCCCAAGUUACUCAGCAACGGGGUUGGGUUUGGGGCUAUUUCUGGGGGAAACGACAGCGAUUCCCUGGCCGAUGACGACAUUGAUGUUUACCAAGGUUCCGAUGAUGAGAUCCCCUUGGAGGAGGUGGAAGCAUCCAUAGAACUCCCUGCAGAGAUACUGAAGAAUCAUCCUCCUGGUAGCGCCGUGCCAAUUAGUUUUGUCAUGUAUGACAGCAGCAACCUCUUCCACUCCGAAAUGGUAGACAACAGCCAGUCCACGGACACUCCCCUUACCAUCGGCAGUCGUAUCGUAUCUGCCAGUGUGCUGAAUACUGUCAUCAAUGGCCUCCCGCCUGAAAGUCCCGUGGUCAACGCUUUCAACCUGCAAGUAAGUCAGGUGACAGGUCCCAAUGAAGACCCAAAUCGAUUGGAGCAAUGUGUCUUCUGGGACUUCAAUCUUCGUGACGGCAUCGGUGAUUGGUCGACUGAAGGCUGCAGGAAGGGACCUGCCGUCAACGGGCGAACAGUAUGCCUGUGUGACCACGCCACCAACUUCGCUGUACUUGUGAAUAUUCACGGUCAGAAGUAUGCCAGUUUUGCCUUGGAUGUCAUCAGCAAGCUUGGAUGUAGUGUCUCUAUCGUGUCACUCGUUAUCACCAUCCUCAUAUAUUCGGCCAUAAGGUCGUUGAGAUCGAAGACAGCCAGCCGUAUCCUCAUCAGUUUCUGCUGCUCCUUGCUGCUCCUGUAUCUCGUCUUCUUGGCAGGUGUCGAGAAGACCUCCUCCUCCUCCCGCGCUGGAUGCAUCGCUGCAGCUGUCUUGAUGCACUUCUUUGCCCUGACCUCCGUGGCAUGGAUGGGCGUGGAGGCUGCUAACCUGUACCUGAAGCUGGUCAAGAUAUUCAAUGCCGACGUGCAGCACUUCAUGAUCAAGGCGUCCCUUGUAGCCUGGGGAUUUCCUGCACUUGUCAUCACUGUGAUUUUGGCAGUGGAUCAUGAGCAGUACGAUAAUGAACACAGUUGCUUCUUAAAGCCUGGGGCUGCUUUCUACUACGGCCAGCUGCUCAUCAUUGGUAUCAUCCUCCUGUUCAAUGUUGUCGUCUUCGUGCUCGUCCUCCGUAAGCUGACUUGCAGUGCGAGCAAAAUCAAGGACACCUCCGAGGGUAACAGCAAGCGAACUAAGGUCGUGAAGCGCCUGCAGAACAUGGCCUCAGUCUCUGUCCUACUGGGCCUGACCUGGGUCUUCGGUCUGCUGUCCAUCUUCGAUGCUUCCAGUUUCGCCUUCCAGUGGAUCUUUGCUGUGGUGAACUCACUUCAGGGCCUGCUCAUCUUUCUGCUGUUUGUCGUUCGCCAGGAGAAGAUCCGAGAACAUGUGAGUAACCUGGUAAGAGGAAAGAAGGAGGGACACCUGAGCAGCACCUUCCGUACUGGUAAGUACACGAUUAGCACCAGAGGAGAGGGCAGUUCCGUGCAAGAUCCAUCGACUAAAAGUUUGAGUUAUAACAUGAACAAGUCUGAAAUGGUUGGAAAUGAAAAUUACGAAGCAACAACUUCUAAUGGUAUGAGUGAUGACAUGAUCAAGUCUGACAGCGCUGAAAAUGAGGUUCGCGAAACCACUUUUUUUAAGAGUGUGAGUGAUGACGUGGACAAGUCUGAUUGCGCUAAUGAAUGUGAGGUUCGCGACACAACAACUUCUAAGAGUGCGAGUGAUGACAUGAACAAGUCUGGCAAUGAAUAUGAGGUUUUCGAAACAGCAACUUCUAAUGAGAGUGUGAGUGAUAACGUGGACAAGUCUGAUAGCGCUAAUGAAUGUGAGGUUCGCGAAACAACAACCUCUAAGAGUGCGAGUGAUGACAUGAACAAGUCUGGCAGCGCUUACGAAAAUGCGAUUUUCGCUGAGAGUGGCCCAAGUAAAAUGUACAACCUUUCACUUGAUUGAUUGUAUUUCUGGAUCUAGGGACCCAAAAUGAAUGGGGUAAAAAGAAGUGGAUUGAGAAUCAGUCAGGCGUUAAUGUAAUAUAUAAUGUCAUUGAAGGAAAAACAUUAAACGGUUUUAAUUAUUAAAUUGUGUUUUCUGAAUGUUGCACUUUUUAGCACAUCUGUACAUGCACAGAUCUUCCAGACAAAAUUUAAUUUUGAUAAAGGCCUACAAGUUUAUACUUUUGCUGACAUUUUAUUACUUUUACAUGGGUGAAGAGUGUUUGAAAUUAAUGGUUAUCACUUUACAGGCGUAUAUAUUCUUUGAAGUUCAUGUAAUUGUAAUGAAAGAUUUAUCUAACCAAGAAGAAGAAAAGUAAGUUUCUGAACAAUAGCAAAGCGAGGCUUUAUUGAAGUGUUCGGAAAGGUUGUGGUAGGUACCAUG